AUGCGCGAGUACGUGACCAAGCUGCUCUCCGAGCGCUACGACGUCACCACAGCCUCCAACGGUACCGCUUUCGCAUGGAAGCGCUGGCCAUGGUGCAGCAGGAGCCCAUCGACCUCGUACCUCCACCCACCGCCUACCACCCACGCCCACACCCCAUCCCAACCACCAGUGGCCCUCCUGUCAGCUCAGUUUAGUGAAGAAUCCAAGGUCGAGGGACUCGAAGCCGGUGCCGACGACUACCUCAUCAAACCCUUCACCGCCCGCGAGCUCCUCGCACGCGUUGGGUCGCACCUGGACAUGGUCCGCAUGCGCUCCGAAGCCGCCCGCCGCGAACAAGAGCUUCGCUUCCAGGUGAACGAGGCCAAGGAGCGACUGGAGCGGAUUAUUUCCUCGAUCCAGGACGCGUUUGUGUCGCUGGACCGCGACCUGCGCUACGCGUUCGCCAACGACAACGCGGCGCUCAUCGCGGGCGCCAAAAAGGAGGACAUGCUGGGCCGCGACGUGUGGGACUUCAUGGCCGACACGGAGGACAAGGUGGUGCGCAACAACCUCGAGCGGGCCAUCCGCGAGCAGAUCGACGUCUGCUUCGAAUUCUACUACCCGGCCAAGGACCGGUG